AUGCACGCUAAAAACAAUCACUUGCAGCCUGCAGUCCUAGGAGGGCUGAUUGGUGUUGGGACCAAGAUUGAUCCUAUGCUGUGCAGAGCGGACCGUCUUGUUGGUCGAGUGCUGGGUGCGCUCAGAAAGCUCUUGAAGGUCUACACCGAGCUUGAAAUCAGUUUGUUCCUUCUCCGUCGUUUACUUGGCGUUCGUACAGAGGACAAGAAACAAACAAAGGUCUCGAAACUCGCCAAGAGCGAGCUCCUGCUGAUCAAUAUUGGUUCAACAUCGACUGGUGGAGUACUGAGUGUGAAAGGGGAUCUCGCGAAGAUUCAGUUGACUUCGCCCGUAUGUAUUGAGGUUGGAGAGAAGAUCGCGCUUUCGAGACGUAUUGAGAAGCAUUAG